AUGUCAUCGGGAACAAGUGACGAUUCUGAAACGAGUUGGCCAAUUGAUGAUCGCCCAAGAGAGAGGACGGAUGCUUCAAAGCAUACCAAAACUAAGCGGAACCUGAACGAAUACUUGGAUCCACAGGGACUUGCAUCACCGCUGGCUGAGUGGCAUAAGGCGGCAUGGCUGUACGACUUCUAUCCUUGGAGCCACAUUGCCGACCCAGAGGGCCAUUUUGACUGGCUUGAGAAAACGCAUUCACGGGUCUUGCGCUCGUCCGAGUUCUAUCGAAUCCAUACUAAGCAGGAUGUGGCCGAAUGGGCUCAUCGGAGAAGACGCCUCACCAAUGUAUCAAGGUCAACCCUCAAGAGUAUACUUUCAGAGGAUUCCAGCCUGAUUUCAAGUGACAUGAAGCGCCGGAGACACGACGCAUACUUUUCGUUCGACAUGGACACGAACACGACGAGUUCAAUCGAGGCUUUAGCGGGUUCCCCUCAGCUUGAGGAUAUAUUGGAGGACCUGGGCCAGAGUUACUUGAUUCUCUGUGAUAUCCUCAAUACACUAUCCGAGCUAACAGCCGCAAAGUUCUGCGAGGGGUCCUACAGUGUAUUGGUGCAACAUUCCAAACCCGGUAUUGCCGAGCUUGUUCUAGUCCGACGUUCCGAUUUGGAAGAUGUUAAAGGCUCCUUGGAACGGGGCAUCGAUGAAAUAGCUGGAAGGGAGAACAGCUUGGAGAGUAUCAUGUGGCGUUAUAUCGUGGCGCCUAUCUGCGGCCUGCUAGGCAGAUUGUGCUUUCCAACAAGCACUGAUCUUUUCCGAUCAUGGAGUCCUUCACUGGCCCUCUGCAGAAUGACCUGCUUGUUGUUGGAUCUGACGCUCAUCACAUAUGUGGGGUCACACGCUACUGACUUCCAGCAAGAUCUGGGAUAUUUUGAAAACAAUAUUGCCAUCAAGGGUAAUCUUGAGCAAAUCAGCGGUUUCCGCUGUAUUCGUCGACGCCUGGCCUGCCUUGAUGGUUUCUUGGAUUCCAAUAUGGUGUGGGUUUUCGAACGCCUUGGCCCUGAAGCGCCCGAGGCUAAUGUGGUGGAUAGUCCUAACCUUACUCCCCUGUCUCUUCUUUGCGAGAUGUCAACCUUUGCCGAUCUUUGGGGUCCCGUAUGGAGUGUCUCUUCUGGGAAGAGCAGGGGUGUCCAACGCUACGCUGUCUCGAAGGGGUUCAUUGCUGCUGUCGGGGAAAAGGGGUCGUCAGUCGUCGAAAACGCAGUUCCGUGCCACUGGUAUGCUAUGCCCAUGAGUAAAACAGAGCUUGACAAUGUCGGCAAACAAGCCUUCAACGAGCACGACAAGCUCCUCAUCGGAACCUUUCUGGAGACCAAUCUGAAUUGCACGUACAAUCUGGAUAAAUUUCAGUCUGACUAUCACACUGCCAUGGCACCCAUGGGGACCAGUGAAGCCUCCUGGCGACCGGACACGCGAACAUUGGGCUUCGGAUUCGCGCAGUACGUGACGGCAAAUGUAUCUGCUACAAAGAAGUUACUCCCAGGCGUCACAUACAAGCAGUCAGUAUGGGACAUGAUGCAGCUGUCACCAAGUGAAGCAAACCCCUGCUUCCUCAUGAACUGGAUGGGGGUCGAGGUGAGCAGCUGCACUGGCCACGCUCGCAGGGUGAGAUUGAUCGACCUCUUUAAAAUUAAAAGGAUACAGAGACAUCUGGACAUUCGUCGCAGAGAUUGGCGCACAACUGCGUGGGGACGGAGUUUGAUCUCCUGGCAGAGCGACGACAUGAACGACAUCUUGGAUUUCUGGCAUAUUUUCCAAGCAGAACGGAAGCAGGUGGCAAAAGUCAUCCGGGCGCUUCUGAAUAUGCUUCACAAUACUGGACUUAUGGGCGACGUCUUCUCUGCUUGUUUCUUCACCGAAUACGACGAGCGCUGCAUCACCAUCAAUCUUGAAUUGAACACAUGGGCUCGAACUCUGGCGGAGAGUACGACCAGCGGAGCAUAUGUUUUCAUCAGCGAGAAGUGUCUUCAUCCUCGAAGUCGUGGCGGCGUAACACCACCACCCUGCACCAACGAUCAAGGUCUCACUGCCCUGGAGACGUCUAUUGUGCCCAUUCGCCAUCGCUCAGAAGUUCCCCUCGAGCAGUUGGACGAAGGCGGGCGUGUCGAAUUUGUACCGACCGGGCAGACGCUGACGCGGAUGAAUGCUGCGAAGUCGCGGAGAAUCCGGCUCCGGAAAACCAACUUGCCACUGAACACACUGCUUCGGCUUGGGCGCCCGGCCGCCGUGGUUCAAGAGGAGGUAAUCUCUGGGGUGGCCGUGGUCAACAGCGAGAUAGGCGUCGUCUGGAUGACCAACCUCAACCCGGGGAGCGAGGAGCAACAGGAGGAAGAGGAGGAGGAAGAGGAGGAGGUGGUGCGAGAGGGGCCGCACGAGUCCAGCCUCGAGGGCGUGGUCGCGACCCCCAGCAACCUCAGGUUCGUGGUACCGUGCGGCGGGCCCGGGGGUCGCGCAUUGAUAUUGCAGCUCGAGGAAAACAUCAUUCUUCAAAGUGCUUUUGAUGCUCAGAUAAGCGAAACAAUCACAUCAGCCGCGAGCAGCGGACCGAACUGGAUCCCAUCAUCUAGCUACCCCGAACCGACGCAUAUCUGUCUGCCUCCUUAG